AUGGAAACUGCAACCUCUGCAGUUGUCUGUAUGUUGACCGCAGGUGUUGAAAGUGAGAAGAAAGCCACUCGAGUUGUCUUUACGGCUCGAAACUACAUCGAAGGAGCUAUGGCUUUGGGCCAGUCUGUUAACAGUAAUAUCGACACAUCAAAGACGCACAUGCUACUGCUUGUUCGCGAGGGCUUCUUCCUCGAUCCAGAUGACGCAAGAAGUUUGGAGGCUGUCGGAUGGAUCAUCGGAACAGCUCCUGACUUCCAUCUCCCAAAGCAAUAUAUACCGCGAUUUCCCCGCUACAAAACUACAUAUACAAAAGUUACAGCGAUUGGUCUUGCGGAAUACGAAUGUGCAAUGCUGUUAGAUGCUGACGCUCUUGUUGUUGAUGAUAUUCGUGAGUUGAUGAAAUGCAAAGUAUUUUCUCAAGAACAACAUCGGGUCGCCGCAACUCUCGAUUACUUUCGUCAUUCAUGGUAUUAUUUCAACACCGGGAGUAUAUUGUGGAGGACGGGUGUCGAGGAAAUGAAUCGCGUCUUUCAGCUGUCAAGGGAUGGGAAAUUUAUGAAGCGCUUCUCAAGUGAUCAAGAGUUUUUGAAUCAUGUUUAUCCGGAUCGUAUGAACAAACGAUUAAAUAACGACAUCGUCGCCGGAAAAUUAGAUGAAGCGAACAAUGGCGCUGUUGUUGCUCUGAGUUGGGAUUAUAAUGCACAGACUCAUGUGGAAGUUGAAAAUACCAACUUUUGGAAAAGACAUCGAUCAGCGGUGAAAGUGCUACACUUCACCGAGAAGAAAGGUUGGCAGUGUGAAGAACGCUACAAUGAUCCGAUUCCAUGGGAAGAGAUGCCGCAUCCUUGCGACAAAAAAAAUGCUAUCUGCUUUUGUCGAGAAGCUCAUUUGUACUGGAGAGCAUUUCGUGAUGCGAAAGACCGCGGGAAGAUAAUAACUGUGUAG